CCUUUGAUCGUACCGUGGUAUCGCGCGUAUCCUUGGAUUUUUAUGAUACUGAAUCAGUACGUCCAUAACUCACACAAGUGAUGCACGAUGGCAAGAGAUUUGCGUAUAGUGACCAUUUCACCAUGGGAGAUCCUAAAGCUGCACUUCUUCACCUUCAUUUUCGGGGUCUGGAUCAUUUGCAAAAUGUCGGCUAAGUGGAUCUGGGACCCCAAGUCGUUUUUUAUCAACCAACAGCGCGACAACCCACCGGCCUGUCUCGUCGACUCUUCUUUAGGCCAACACAAGUACAUCAAAUUAAAGGGCGUUAAGUUCCAUUAUGUUGAAUCCGGCUCGGAGGACCGGCCUUUGGUGCUCCUUCUGCACGGCUUCCCCGACUGCUGGGUCAGCUGGCGGCACCAAAUCCCUACUUUAUCCCAGCAUUUCCGGGUGGUUGCCUUGGACCUUAAAGGUUUCGGGGACUCGGACAAACCCUCCUCCCGUAAAACCUACCGCAUUGACAUGAUCCUGGAGGAGCUCAGACAACUUAUAAUCUCCUUUGGCGUCUCCAGCUGCAUUGUUGUGGGUCAUGACAUUGGUGCGUUACUUGGCUGGUGCCUGGCACACCAGUUUCCAGAAGUCGUGGAAAAACUAGUGGCAGUGUCCUGCCCUCACCCCAAUAUCUACAGGACCAACUUGCACACGUCCUGGAACUACCGGUGGUUGAACUUCGUCCAGCUUCCGUACUUCCCCGAAGUUGACGCGUUGCGGAACGACGUUAAAAUCAUAACAGAGUACCACCGACAUUUGCCGGCCAAUGACACGUUCCUAGACGCUUACAAGUACGCCUUUUGUCGCAAAGAAGACUGGACGGGGCCUUUGAACUAUUUCCGCAAUUUGUUGUUUAUUGAAAUUGCUGAGAACACGAGGACUAUCCAAGUGCCAGUCGUGUUGGUCACCGGGGACCGAGACAAGUUUAUCAAGCUUGAAAGUAUCGUCAAAUCGACCGAUUUCUGCGAGAAGUUUUACGUAAAAAUUGUGGACGGGGCUGGGCAUUUUCCGCAUCAGGAGAAGUACCAGCAGUUUAACGAAAUCCUGUUGAAGUAUCUGGUGGCGAGGAAUGUGCCCAAUGGGCUGGAGCGGUCGCCGUCCAAGGGAAUAAUGAACAGGAUGAUGGGGGCUGUUAGCAGCACGGUCAAGUAUGGAAAUUCGGUGCUGGACACUGUUCAUAAAAAGACAAACGGGGUGGUGGGGAGUAUUCCGAGUAUAGGGUUAUUAAAUUAUUCAAAUAUUUAUGAGAAGACUGAUAGUUAGGGAUAGGGGUGGACUGUAGUAGUGUUCCGGGGAAUUUGGCCAACCAAAUGAUUGGCGUUAGAGGAGGAACACUUCGUUAUGUUCGUCUUAGAUUGAUCUGGCGGAUUUGAGACGGGUGUAGAGACGAUUAAGACAA